CUAGUCGGCCAUUAAAAAUUACGGUAUAUUUCGAUAUAUUUUUGUACGUUAAAUGGUACAUUUUGAAACUUUACUUGCGGUCACUUUGAUCAGCACAUGUUGUUGCCAUCACCGCAGUUUUUCCUCAGGAAAUUCAGUUUGAAAUAGAAGAGAAAUGAGCGCUGCAAGAAAACUUGAGCGUGCUGACGUGUGUCGGGUGCCGGAGAACAUCAACUUUCCUGCUGAAGAAGACAAUGUGCUGCAGCAAUGGCGUGACGAAAAGAUCUUUGAGAAGUGCAGUCAGCUCUCAAAGGGAAAGCCCAAAUACACUUUCUACGAUGGGCCGCCAUUUGCAACCGGCUUGCCGCAUUAUGGUCACAUCCUGGCUGGUACCAUCAAGGACAUUGUGACACGGUAUGCCUAUCAGCAGGGUUACCAUGUGGAUCGUCGCUUCGGCUGGGAUUGUCACGGUCUGCCUGUGGAAUUCGAGAUCGAUAAGUUGCUCAACAUCAAAGGUCCUGAGGAUGUGGCAAAAAUGGGCAUUAAAGCGUAUAACGCCGAGUGUCGCAAGAUUGUCAUGCGCUAUGCUAAUGAAUGGGAAACUGUUGUGACGCGUGUGGGUCGCUGGAUUGAUUUCAAGAACGAUUACAAGACAUUGUAUCCCUGGUACAUGGAGUCCAUCUGGUGGAUCUUCAAGCAGUUGUUCGACAAGGGUUUGGUCUACCAAGGUGUAAAGGUGAUGCCCUAUUCAACUGCGUGCACAACAUCGCUAUCCAACUUUGAGGCUAAUCAAAACUACAAGGAGGUCGUUGAUCCAUGUGUCGUGGUAGCUCUUGAGGCUGUAACGCUGCCCAACACCUACUUCUUGGUGUGGACAACAACGCCGUGGACAUUGCCUUCGAAUUUCGCCUGCUGCGUUAAUGCAAAAAUGAAUUACGUAAAGGUGCGCGAUGUGAAAACCGAUCGUCUUUAUGUGCUCGCCGAAUCGCGUUUGAGCUACGUCUACAAGACGGAGGCAGAGUACGAGGUGAAGGAGAAGUUUACGGGCGACAAGCUCAAGGGACUGCAUUACAAACCGCUCUUCCCUUACUUUGCUCAACGUGGUGCUGAGGUAAAGGCGCAUCGUGUGCUGGUGGAUGAUUAUGUGACUGAGGAUUCGGGUACUGGCAUUGUCCACAAUGCACCUUACUUUGGCGAGGACGAUUACCGUGUAUGCUUGGCAGCCGGUUUAAUCACCAAGUCCAGUGAUGUCAUUUGCCCCUUGGAUGAUAGCGGUCGCUUUACAGCAGAGGUACCCGAUUUCCAAGGUCAGUACGUUAAGGAUGCGGAUAAGAACAUCAUGGCCAGUUUGAAGGCCAGCGGCAAUUUGGUCUCCAGCGGUCAAGUUAAGCAUAGUUAUCCAUUCUGCUGGCGUUCGGAUACGCCAUUGAUCUACAAGGCGGUUCCUUCCUGGUUUGUGCGUGUUGAGCACAUGUCCAAGAAUUUGCUGGCCUGCAGCUCUCAGACCUACUGGGUACCCGACUUUGUGAAGGAGAAGCGUUUCGGCAACUGGCUGAAGGAGGCCAGAGAUUGGGCCAUUUCUCGUAAUCGCUACUGGGGCACUCCCAUUCCCAUCUGGCGUUCACCGAGCGGUGAUGAGACUGUUGUCAUUGGCAGCAUCAAGCAAUUGGCAGAGCUAUCUGGCGUGCUAGUGGAAGAUUUGCAUCGUGAGACCAUUGAUGACAUUGAGAUUCCAUCGGCGGUGCCCGGCAAUCCUCCACUUCGACGCAUUGCUCCCGUUUUUGAUUGCUGGUUCGAGUCUGGUUCUAUGCCAUUCGCACAACAGCAUUUCCCCUUCGAGAAUGAGAAGGACUUUAUGAAUAAUUUCCCAGCUGACUUCAUUGCCGAGGGUAUUGAUCAGACACGCGGCUGGUUCUACACUCUGCUCGUCAUCUCGACGGCCUUGUUUAACAAGGCGCCAUUCAAGAACCUAAUUGCCAGUGGUUUAGUUCUGGCCGCCGAUGGACAGAAGAUGUCCAAGCGCAAGAAGAACUAUCCAGAUCCCAUGGAAGUGGUGCACAAAUAUGGUGCAGAUGCUUUGCGUUUGUAUCUAAUCAACUCGCCAGUUGUGCGCGCUGAAAGUUUGCGAUUCAAGGAAGAGGGCGUGCGUGAUAUCAUCAAGGAUGUCUUCUUGCCGUGGUACAAUGCUUAUCGCUUCCUGCUUCAAAACAUUGUGCGCUACGAGAAGGAAGAGCUGGGAGGCAAGUCGCUGUACACCUACGAGAGGGCACGCCAUUUGCAGAGCAUGGAAAAUGCUUCGGUUAUCGAUGUGUGGAUUUUGUCAUUCAAGGAGUCGCUGUUGGAGUUCUUUGCCACUGAGAUGAAGAUGUACCGCCUCUACACUGUGGUGCCUAGACUCACCAAGUUCAUUGAUCAAUUGACCAACUGGUAUGUGCGCUUAAACCGUCGUCGCAUCAAGGGUGAAAUGGGCACUGAACAGUGCAUUCAAUCAUUGGAUACGCUUUAUGAUGUGCUCUAUACAAUGGUUAAAAUGAUGGCACCUUUUACACCUUUCUUGACCGAAUACAUCUUCCAGCGACUCGUGCUCUUCCAGCCUAAAGGAACCUUGGAGCACACUGACUCCGUGCACUACCAAAUGAUGCCUGCGAGUCAACGCAAGUUUAUUCGCAGCGAUAUCGAACGAUCUGUUGCACUGAUGCAGUCUGUGGUUGAGUUGGGACGAGUGAUGCGCGAUCGUCGCACUCUGCCUGUAAAGUAUCCCGUUUCGGAGAUCAUUGUGAUCCACAAGGAUCAGCAGACGUUGGAGGAGAUCAAGAGCUUGCAAGACUUCAUCCUCAGCGAACUUAAUGUGCGCAAGCUGACGCUCAGCUCUGAGAAGGAAAAGUAUGGAGUAACAUUGCGUGCUGAACCAGACCACAAGACGCUGGGUCAACGCCUGAAGGGCAACUUUAAGGCUGUUAUGGCAGCUAUCAAGGCGCUGAAGGAUGAAGAGAUUCAAAAGCAGGUUGCCCAGGGCUACUUUAACAUUUUGGAUCAGCGCAUUGAGCUGGACGAAGUGCGUGUUAUUUACUGUACGUCCGAUAAGGUUGGAGGAAACUUUGAAGCGCACAGCGACAACGAAGUACUUGUCCUUUUGGACAUGACGCCCAACGAGGAGCUGCUUGAGGAGGGUUUGGCUCGUGAAAUCAUCAAUCGCGUGCAGAAGCUCAAGAAGAAAGCACAACUGAUACCCACUGAUCCUGUUAUCAUCUAUUAUGCCCUAAGUGCCAGCAAGAAUGCCAAAAAGGAAGUCCUGGAAACACAAGCUCAAUUGGAAAAGGUGCUAGUCAACUAUGCGGCUAUGAUCAAGGGUGCCGUCAAAUCGGAGUUCAUACCAUUUAAUGCGAAGGAGGCUGCCACGAAACGUCCUAUCAUCACGGAGCUGGUUGAUCUCAAGGGCGUCGAUCUAACCCUUACCAUUUGCUCCACAGAGGAGCUGCAACUGCCGACACUCGCGUGGCUAAAUGUUACGCUAGCUGGUGAGCUGCAACCGCGAUUCGUCAACAGCAAUAAGGCUUCCAUAUUGCUGCAGCAUAAUGUCAACAAGGAAUACAUCACAUUGGAAACGCUGCGCACUGAAGUUGAGGUUCUUUUUGGUCUUUAUGGCAUCAACUAUGAACUGUAUGUGGUUGAUCAGCAGAAAAAGGUUACGGAACUGAAGACCAUCGAUAAAAGCCUCAGUGGCAAGCUGCUUGUACUUACGCGCAAUCCGGAAGCUCUACGCAAAUCAACGGACUACGUGGUUGAUGCAGCUCCCUAUUCAAAGUUCGUCAAUCAAUCUGGAAGCACAAUUUUUACUGAGAACCCCAAGGGUCACAGUCUGUUGUAGAUCCGAAAACUCUAUGGAAUGACAGGUUGCUUAGUAUUUAUUUACAUUGUAAACUGAAAUACGAAAUAAAAAGUAAACUUUUUCAAAAAGUUUUAAAUAUUAACAAGAAAAUGUAAA